CGGCAAACCCACGGGGGUGCCGGCUGGGGAGACACGGACGGCUGGGGACGGCGGGAGCAGCUAGGGCCCGGCCGCCCGCCCCGCCCGCUCUGACUCGGUGGAGGAGCGGACCGCCUCUCUCAGAUCGCAAAAGCAAACACACCUACACACACCUGUUCUGUCUGGAGGGUCGAUGGGGCCUUGGUGUCAGUGGCCAAAGAACAGGCUUAAAACGGAGGCCACCAGAAGGAUACUCGUGAGGUAGUAGCCAUAAAGUGUGUGGCCAAGAAAAGUCUGAACAAGGCGUCAGUGGAAAACCUCCUGACUGAGAUCGAGAUCCUGAAGGGCAUUCGACACCCCCACAUUGUGCAGCUGAAGGACUUCCAGUGGGACAGUGACAACAUCUACCUCAUCAUGGAGUUCUGCGCAGGGGGUGACCUGUCUCGCUUCAUCCAUACCCGUAGGAUUCUGCCUGAGAAGGUGGCUCGUGUCUUCAUGCAACAAUUGGCCAGUGCCCUGCAGUUUCUGCAUGAACGGAAUAUCUCUCACCUGGAUCUGAAGCCACAGAACAUUCUGCUGAGCUCCUUGGAGAAGCCCCACCUGAAACUGGCAGACUUUGGCUUUGCACAGCACAUGUCCCCAUGGGAUGAGAAGCACGUGCUCCGUGGCUCCCCGCUCUACAUGGCCCCCGAGAUGGUGUGUCAGCGACAGUACGACGCCCGCGUGGACCUCUGGUCCGUGGGGGUCAUCCUAUAUGAAGCCCUCUUCGGGCAGCCCCCCUUUGCCUCCAGGUCCUUCUCAGAGCUGGAGGAGAAGAUCCGCAGCACCCGGGUCGUCGAGCUCCCCCUGCGGCCCUUGCUGUCCCAAGACUGCCGGGACCUGCUGCAACGGCUCCUGGAGCGGGACCCCAGCCGUCGCAUCUCCUUCCAGGACUUCUUCGCUCACCCCUGGGUGGACCUGGAGCACAUGCCCAGUGGGGAAAGCCUGGCAAAAGCAACCGCCCUGGUGGUGCAGGCUGUGAAGAAGGACCAGGAGGGGGACGCAGCGGCCGCUUUGUCCCUCUACUGCAAGGCUCUGGACUUCUUCGUGCCCGCCCUGCACUAUGAAGUGGAUGCCCAGCGGAAGGAGGCGAUUAAGGCAAAGGUGGGGCAGUACGUGUCCCGGGCUGAGGAGCUCAAGGCCAUCGUCUCCUCCUCUAAUCGGGCCCUGCUUAGGCAGGGGACGUCUGCGCGAGACCUGCUCAGAGAGAUGGCCCGGGACAAGCCACGCCUCUCAGCUGCCCUGGAAGUGGCUUCGGCUGCCAUGGCCAAGGAAGAGGAAGCUGGCGGGGAGCAGGACGCCCUGGACCUGUACCAGCACAGCCUGGGGGAGCUGCUGCUGCUGCUGGCAGGUGAGCCCCUCACCACAGCCCGCUGGGCCCUCGGCUGCCCUGCGCUCACCACACGCCCUCUCUUUUCAGCGGAGCCCUCAGGGCGCAGGCGGGAGCUGCUUCAUACCGAGGUGCAGAACCUCAUGACUCGGGCUGAAUACCUGAAGGAGCAGGUCAAGAUGCGGGAGUCUCGCUGGGAAGCAGAGACCAUGGACAGAGAGGGGCUGUCAGAGUCUGUUCGUAGCUCAUGUACCCUGCAGUGACCCCAGAGGACGGCUGGACAGACCACGAGCCGCCUGGACUGGAGGGGUGACCAACCCAGGCUGAUGCCCCAAAUUAAGUGGCCCUCUGCAGCCCUGGGGAGCAGGCUUCCCAGAUGGCUAUCUCUGGGACCCCCACGUCCUGGGUCCUCAGCCUCCCUCGGGUUACUGUGUACCCCACAGAGGGACUGACGGCCCAUGCUGUGUGCUGGGAGCCCUGGGCCCGGGCCCGGGGGCAGGGGCACGACUCUGGGAGAACAGUGUUUCUUUCAUGAGACCUUCGUUACUUGGUGGUUGCUGGUCCCGUGCCUGUUGAUUUCGGGCACGAAGCCGUCUAUCACUUUUUUGCUCUGAGAAGAGGGCAAGGGCCCCUGCAGGGCACGCCUACUCUUGCCCGCUCCCUGCCAGCAGGCACCCGGGCCCUGGGCCCACCCUUCCUGGGAGCCCUUAUUCCAACUCACCACCCUCCUUGCACUGGAAUGGGACACUCCAAGACCCCUCAGGGACCACCCAGCCCACAGUACGUACCCAGCCCCACGGAACUCGCCAGUCUUCUGGGCGCUCACAUCUGCCCCCCAUCUCAGUACUUUAACUUAAUCCUUCAAGCAUGACAAUGAUACCCUUUCUAGGGGUGGGGCAAAUUUGGGAACCUCAUGCCUUUUUCCUGCCCUGGCCUGGGGAAUACGGGGCAGGGGUCCUCAAUCCUCAUCCCUCCCACCUCCGUUCCUCUCUGGGAACACACCGCCCUGACCGCAGAGCGGCCUUGUGCUGGAGUGGGCCUGGGAGGGGACGCUUGGGGACUGCCAUCAGGCUGCAGGGGCCCCAGUCCGGUUACCCAGUUCUAGGCCUGACACUGCCACCACCCCAGCGUGUGACCCUGGGCAAGCCCCUUCCCCUUUCUGGGCCUGGGCCCCCCGUCUCUGCGGUGGGGCUGCUGUUCCCCACAGCCCACAGCACGGGCGCUUCAGAGGCCAGAGUGAGUUGAACCUGGAGGAGAGUGUGCACUCCUGGAGAUACUUGAGGGUUUCUUUUCAAUAAUCAGAGAGGGUGUUGGUGACUUCUAACCCUUCUGCCCUUAAAUGCCUCCUUGAGGCGAGCGUUUGUCCUCCCUAUAGGAGGCUGCGUGUGACGAGUGUCAUUCAUUGUUUCUCUAUUAAAUUAUUUUCUCUA